CCUGUUCUCCGAUGUUGGCGCACAUCGGCCAGAGUCUGUCCAACCAUCUGCCCGAGAUGCUGGAAUUCCAGCGUGGCGUCCGCUUCCUCAAGUGGGGCAUCGUGUCCGGGCUCCGGCAGAUGGACGUCCAGCACGCCUGCCUGUCCCCCGGCAACGGCACCUUGAGCGUUGUGCUGCCUCUCGAAGGCAUGGCUCAGGUCGGGCUUCCUGGCGUCCGCGUGCUCCCGGUCUUCUUCGAGGCCACGGCCAGGGCGUCGGUGAACCUGACCACGCAGGACGGUGAGUCCGCGCCGAGGGUCGCGGGCCUCAGAGUCGACAAACUGUCCGUCACCGACGUCCGCCACGGCAGGUUCCUCACGAACGACGCGAAGUCGCGCGAGUUUACGGAGAAGCUCGUUCGCAACAUCCUCAGCAAGGGCCUGCAGAACCAGCUGUCGACGCAGCUCAUGUACGGAACCACGCGGGCCAUUGCGGACGCCCAACCGACCGACAUCAAGCCGCUGGUGCUCGAGAAGAAAGUGGUCGUGUACCAGUUGCUCGACCGCCUCUCCGCGUCGGACAAACAAAACUGGAACCUUGGACGAGACAGUAUCACCCGUGUCCGCUUCGCUGUAGGACCCUGACAACCUUCCAAAGAAUAUCUUCAUUGACAAGACGGACUUUAAAAAACACUGCAGUGACUAACGAGCGACGGAGGGCAAACGAAGCACUGCGAAUUUUGGACGAACUUUGCGAUGGAAAAGGAACGAGGACAACACUGCUCUGAAGUACGAUAUUUCAAGCCCAUCACUUCGCCUAAAAUGGUAUCUUUGAUUCGCUAAUCAACGGUGAUGACAGUUUUGCUUCGUUUAUAGUCGGCACUGCUUACGGACCCAAGUGUGCAAAUGUCCAAACAGCAGGGAACGUUGUAAUCCCGACUCAGUGAGGGCUACUGACCAAGUGGAUGAAACUAUAAAGCUGUAGCGGCGUGAGGCAUUAAUUGAUAUUUCAUUGAAUGUUUUUUUUAUGGUUGUCUACAUAAGAACUAUAAAACAUGACAAUUACGUGUA